UCAAAAGUGAAAGUAGAAUCACCUGGAUCGGCAGAUAAGUAUAAUGAUAGUCAAGAAAAAAGAAGUUUGAGUUUUUUGGGAACUCAUAUAUUGAAGAGACAGUUACAUGUGUAUUUAUAAACGCUGACUGAAGAAUGAGGAGUUUGUUAAGGGUGAAUGUAUUGUUGUCAAUCCUCCCGCUACGUGUUACGCAGUCCACGGCCUUUGGAUCAAGGAAGUUGCCGGUACUGACACUGUAUACGAAAGAGGACUGCAGUCUCUGUGAUAAAGCGUUAGAGGUCCUCAAACCUUACAACCACCAGUUUGAGUUGGAGACAGUGGACAUAUCGCUACCAGAAAACAAGGAGUGGUAUAAGAAUUACAGAUACGACAUUCCCGUGUUCCACCUCAACGGCCAGUUCCUGAUGAAGCACAGGGCGGAUCUAAAGGUUUUCCACCAGAGAUUGGCGGACAUUGAAAAUAAAUCCGGGUAGAAAAUGAUUCACAGACAGUCUUUAUUGGAAGAAUCCGGGUCUAAAACAUUGAAUGCUGAAUAUAUACGACUGUGAGACAUUUGUAAAAUAUGAUUAAUUACUAGUAUUUUAUGUUCACAUUUCUCGUAAAUGAUGAAUUGAGAACAAUGCCUCCAUGUUUUAAUUGAUAUUAAAACAGAAGUCUUUUUUGUUUUAAUAGUA